GUCCCCUGCCACGGUUGCGUAAAGUCCUUCCACACACAGCGGUGCUCAGCUCCAACCCAGCCGCGGCAACGGCAGGUGGCUUGAUUCCGCUACCUACUUUCCAGCGAUACCCCUGCGUUUCUGCCCGCCAGGAGUGCAAAGUCGCGCGCAUCCCAUAAGACCCAAGACAUGAUUCCGUCCCCGAUCUCUACCCAAUGAGAACAGCCAGGCAAGAGAGCUGUCAACAUUUUUCUGCCCCACACCCCUAGCCCUUGUCCGCCACCCCUCCGUUUUACAGUUUCUUCAGUUCAACGCUGCAGUUUAUCACACUCACGGUGCUGAUAACGGUGAGAGGCUGCGAGAAAUAUUCCAUAGGAGAAAGGACCUGGAAAAAUUUUUUUUUGCUUCACCAGAGGGGGGAAGGCGUGAUAUCAACGAAAAAUCACACGUUUUGGCCAAGUAAGUGGGGAGUACUGUGUUUUCUCAGAGAAGAUGAAACUUCAGUGAAGCAAAUCUGAUUUCCAAGUCCUAAAUUCUGCAGAUCGCCCCCCUGGCUGGGAUUACUUCAGCUGCGUUUGCCAAUUCUCUUACAGCAGUGGUUGGAUAUUUAGGUGGAAUACGUUUUGUCAUGGCCUGGUGAAUUAACAAUUCACAUGUGAAAUUCAUGCAGAACAAACACUGCUGCAUCACGAGCACAGAUGGGAAACUUUACCUGAACAACUAUGUGUGAAGUCAACGCUACCCAGCCCUGAAAGAUCAACCGUACUACCGGACUUUCUUCUCGCCUUCACAUCAGUCUACUGGAAAAGAAGCAUAAAAUGUUUGGUUUAAGCAAAGUUCAGGGUCCUUCCCGGAUUCACAGCAAACCCACAGUGUCCACGGGAGCCUCAGGAUUAAGACAUCUGUCCAGGAUCGGGGCACCUUCUUCAGACGGCUCAAAUGCCAGCUCCAGGCUAUACUUUGCUUUUAUUUUACUCCUUCUAAUGCUCACUCCCAGAGUGGAUUCUUCGUGGUGGUACAUCGGGGCGCUGGGGGCUCGGGUUAUCUGCGACAACAUCCCAGGAUUGGUCAACAAGCAGCGGCAGCUGUGCCAGAAGCACCCAGACAUCAUGCAGUCCAUUGGCGAGGGCGCCAAAGAGUGGAUCCGGGAGUGCCAGCACCAGUUCCGCCACCAUCGCUGGAACUGCAGCACACUGGACCGUGACCAUACCGUCUUUGGGCGUGUCCUGCUGCGCAGUAAGUGCAGCCGCGAGGCCGCGUUCGUGUACGCCAUCUCCUCAGCCGGAGUGGUCUAUGCCAUUACCAGGGCCUGCAGCCAGGGGGAGCUCAAGACCUGCAACUGUGACCCCCACAAGAGGGGCCGGGACAAGGAUGCCGGGGGUGACUUUGACUGGGGUGGCUGCAGCGACAACAUCAACUAUGGCAUCAAGUUUGCUCAGGCCUUCGUGGAUGCCAAGGAGAAGACGGUCAAGGACGCCCGGGCGCUGAUGAACCUGCACAACAACCGCUGCGGGCGGACGGCCGUGAAGCGUUUUAUGAAGCUGGAGUGUAAAUGCCAUGGGGUCAGUGGCUCCUGCACUCUCAGGACUUGUUGGUUAGCCAUGUCAGACUUCCGAAAGACCGGGGACUACCUCCGCAAGAAAUACAAUGGUGCCAUUGAGGUCACCAUGAACCAGGAUGGAACAGGCUUUACUGUGGCUAACAAGGACUUCCGGAAGGCCACGAAGAAUGACUUAGUGUACUUCGAGAACUCACCAGAUUACUGCCUCAUGGAUAAAGCAGCAGGUUCCCUGGGCACCGCUGGACGUGUGUGCAAUAAGUCAUCAAGGGGGACGGACGGCUGUGAGGUCAUGUGCUGUGGGCGGGGCUAUGACACCACUCGGGUCAAACGCAUCACCAAGUGUGAGUGCAAGUUCAAAUGGUGCUGCGCAGUCGAGUGCAAGGACUGCGAGGAGUCGGUGGACGUCCAUACCUGCAAGGCCCCAAAGCAUGCCGAAUGGGUGAACCAGACCUGAGGGCCGCUCCUUCCCCGCCCUGCCCACCUUCCUCAGGAUUUCCUGCGGGCCAUGGCAUUCUGGGAUAUAGAGUCCAUCCCUCAUACCCACUGAUCCCAGCUCCUCUCUCCGUUCCCUGUUGCAUGGCUUUUAUUUUACUGUCUCCGCAAAAGCACUAAAAACUAAACUACAUUUCCCAUGAGCGCUUAGCACAAAAUGCUCAGUAAAUUCCCUUUUCUUAUUAUUUUUGGAUGGGGUUGUAAGUGCAAGGGCUGCUAUAUUUGCUUUAACUGUGAACCUGUUGUGUUUUAUAUUUUGUUUUGUUUUUGUUAAUGCUGGUGUUUGACGAGGGGAGUAUUUCAUAUGAGUGGUUUGUGCAAAAAUGGUGUGCUGCUUACAAGAUGCUUCUUGAGGACAUUUAUAGAUGUAUCAUGGCAAUUUUGUAUUUAAACCAUUUACAUGUUUUUGGGAAACUGCUGGUCUGUGCACCAGAGAAUAUAAUCACACCCCUCUUUAUCCCAUAACUUGUUUUUUCAAACUUUGGAAAAUGACUGUCACUGAGGUCACAACUUCUUUAGUUUGGUUUUGCUUGUCUGUGGCAAGGCACCAGCACUCAUACGAAAAAGCAGUGUAUUAUUGAGGUAGGAUUCUGCACUCUCCUGCAAAGAUGGAUACCAAGUCCUUUCUAAGAGCAAAAUGGUUUGAACUUUUGGACAUUGCUCUAAGCAAUCACUGCUUUCCCCCAAUGCUAAAAAAUGGACAAUGAAAGUUGUUAAUUUAAAGCAAAAAAAGCUAUGUUUAGUUCCUUGUCUGAAGACAGACCUGCACUAAGGACAUUAGCUAAAGCGUGAGCAAAAUUGACACAUUUAUACAUAUUUGUUUAUGAAUUAUAUGGAGAAAAACACUGAUGUGGACUGAUGUGACGACAGAAAGAGUGAAU